CCACCGGCAGGUCUGGAGAUCACAUGGGACGGCGACAGUUUCGUUGAGGUCGUAGCCGCCCCUCACCUGCGCGGACGUCUCUGCGGCCUGUGCGGCAACUACAAUGGCCAGAAGCGCGACGACACCAUGGGAGGCGACGGCCAGUUCAAGUUCGACCUGGACGAGUUUGCCGAGUCGUGGCGAGUCGACGGAAACGAGGUGUGCACCCAGCAGGCUCUGCCUCGCCGGCCUACGUCCUUCCUGUGUCCCGGCAGCGUCAAAGUCAAGUUCCGUGCUCACAGGGAGUGCCAGAAGAUAAAGUCGUGGGAGUUUCAGAAGUGUCACCGGGUGGUCGACUUCGGCCCUUUCUACAGGUCGUGUGUGACGGACAUGUGUGAAUGCCCGGUCCAUAAAAACUGCUACUGCGAGUCAUUCAUCGCCUACAGCCGAGCCUGUGAGAGGGAGGGAGUGCCCGUCCUCUGGAGGGCCGACACCGCCUGUAUGGCGACCCAGUGUAAACACGGCGCCGUGUACGACACCUGCGGCCCGGGCUGCACCAAAACCUGCGACAACUGGAACGAGAUCGGACCGUGCCACAAGCCCUGCGUGGCCGGCUGCCACUGUCCCGCCAACCUGGUGCUGUUCCAGGGCCGAUGCAUCAAACCCAUUUCCUGUCCUGGCCGGUGACCCUUGUGACCUGGGUGGGAGGGGGGUUAGGUUAGGUUAGGUUAGGUUUAGGAAAAGGGGAGGGUCAUUUAGUUUCAUAAAUACACGGUGCCCAACUUGCCAGGAAGAGUUUGGGUUUGGAGUCGACUCAUCGAGUGCCGCAGUGGUGAUCCUCAAGCACUGCGUGAUUUCAUGUACUGUUACGACACCAGUCGCCGCCACAGAAGGUCAAUGCUAAUGCUAGGCUUGGUAGAGAAAGAACUCAAGUCUCAAGGGAAAACCGCUUGGAGGUUUAAUGCUCUCUGCUGUCUGGGGAAGGUCCGGCGCGUGAUUACAGACGCUCAGGAAACAACCAAGGCCGAUGGACUCCUGUUCGAGCCAAAAUGGCGGCCAGCGUUUCUCUCACAAACACUCGAGCGAGAGUCAAAGCAGAGAAACAAACUGUCUGACGCAUCAUAUCAAACUGUCCCCGUGAUCCUCGUUUCAUACUGUAAGCUAACCAGAUUUAUAUGAAAGACAAAAAUGCUUUUAUAUUGUUGUUCUAAUUAUUAUUAUAUUAUUAUAAUUAUUAUAAUUAUUAUUUGUUGUUGAUAUUGUUAAUUUAUAUAUUAGUCAAAUGACAUGUCGUAGAAGGAGCCAGAAUCGCGGAUAUAAUUGAGUUCUAAUCGAUUUAAAGGGAAACAGAAGCUAUUUAUGUAUUUGUAGUGUUACUGUUGUGUUACUGUGACUCAGUUGUUGCACCAUCGCAGGGAAAAAGUACUGUAUUGCGUUUCUGCUCCGUGUACAGCUCGUUGUGGUUCGUAUCAAACUGAAGGUGUUCAUCUAAAGCAUAUAUGUUUCACUUGACAACGAUUAUUUAAGACCAGCAAUAUAAUCUUUUUAUCAAAGUUA